AUGUUUAUGGUUCACUCCGCUGCUUUCUCAGUCACCUCCGCGAUGACAGGAGUCACUUCAAAUCGCAUGAGACUUCACGGAGGGGUGGUCCUCAGCGGCCUGCUCAGCGGAAUCCUGCGGGGGUUGGGAGUGCGGAGCCCGGCUCUGGGGGUUUCAGGCGCCGCGGGGCUGCAGGUCCAAAAGAGACCCGAGCUCCAUCUGUUUUGA